GAUUUUCUAGCACAAAGAUAUAUGAUCUUUAUAUAAACCCUUCAUUUUCCUCCUCUAUACGAUCUUACAAUCGUUUAUAUUUCCUCUUCUCCAGUUCUUACAGUAUUCAUCAAGAUAGUCUUGCUCGCUCCUGAAUUCUGCGACGAGCUAGUUUAGUUACUACCUUCAGAUCAAAUCGAAUUCUUUAAAAUAGAUUCAUUCAAUAACUUUCACAACAACAGAAAUUUGAUCGAUCUUCUACGCGCCGUGAAUUAAAAGAUGGCAAAGCUGGUGGGGCAUGUAGCAACAGGUCUUGGUUUCUUUUUAAUAGGUAUUUGGCACUUAUUCAACCAUAUCAAACUACAUACUUUGCACCCAAAUGGUUACACUUCUUUUCUAUGGUUCCCAACUCCAAAAAUAAGGCAUUUAGAACUUUUCUUGAUUAUGGUUUUCACCUUAAUUUUCUUAUUAAGGGAACUCUUUAGUGGCCACCACCUUCUAAAUUCAGAUGGAAGCCUUCCUUCUAACCAUCUCCACUAUCUUGAACAUUCAUGUAUUUCCUUAUCUUUAUUUAUUUAUUCAUUUUUCUCCUUAAUAAUUGACAAAAUUACCCCUACACCCUCAUCCCAAAAUGGGAUCACAAAUUUUCUUGCAUCUAUUGCUUUUGGUCAAGAACUUCUUCUUUUUCAUCUUCACUCAACUGACCAUAAUGGUGUUGAAGGACAAUACCAUUGGCUUUUACAAAUAGCCAUUUUUGUGUCUUUAGCCACUACACUUUUGGCCAUUCCUUUUCCUAAUAAUUUCUUGAACAAUUUUGUGAGAUCUUAUAGCAUUAUGUUUCAAGGAAUUUGGCUUAUGGUCAUUGGUCUCAUGCUUUGGACACCAAAAUUUAUACCUAAAGAUUGUUAUAUAAAGUUAGAAGAAGGAUAUCAAGUUGUUAGAUGUCAUGACCAUAAAUCUCUUGAAAGAGCAAAAGCAUUAGUAAAUAUAGAAUUUAGUUGGUAUAUAAUUGGAACCACUGCUUUUGUAGUCUCUUUUUACUUGGUUAUUAUCAAGAUUUUCACAAAAAAAGUUGAGUACCAGUCAUUAAAAAAUAAUUAUGAGGACCAAGAAGAGGAUUUAGAGGAUGUUGAAAUUCAGAAGAGAAAUGAUGGUGAACUGAAGAAGUUCGUUGAAAUGGGAAAAAUAAUAUGCAAGAAGUGAGGAGUUAUUAAUUAUAAAAGCAAAACAUGGGAGUGUACAAAAAGGGAAAAAUUUGUUUGGUGGCCGUUGUAUAUAUUUGUUUUUAUUAUGUCUGGAAAAUAGGAUACUUGUUUACUGGGAGGGGAAAAAGAAAAAGAAAGUAGGAACUGGUUCAAAAUAUGAUUGUAUUGCUGGUUUUUAAUUAGGGAGAGGGAGACAUAAAUUAUGUAUGUAUACAUAUGUAUAUAUACGAUAUAUUUAUUCUUUUA